AUGACAAAAGACCGGCCAGAAGGCGUCCGUGUGGACCACCACAACGACCACAACGACCACGACGACGCCGCCUCGCACACCUCCGACACCUCCCACAACUUCGACCUCUUUGCCGAACCCCCAGACUACUACCCGCCCUCUCCGCCGCCCACUACCGAGCAGCAUGCGCUCGGCCGCAGCGGCGUUCAGCUGACGCUGCACCUGGUCGGCCACAGCGUGCUCGAGGCGCACCGCCUGUGGAACGGCAGCCGCGUGCUGGCCGACUACCUGGAGGAGCGAGAGGCCCAAGGCGACCAUGUCGUCAGGGACAAGACCGUCCUCGAGCUGGGCGCGGGCGCGGGCCUGCCGGGGAUUGUGUGCGGGCUGGUGCUGGGGGCGCGCAAGGUGGUCGUAACCGACUAUCCGGACCUGGACCUAGUGCAGACGAUGCGGCGGAACAUUGAAGAGGCGGAGGCCGGCGCGGCCGCGGCCGCGUCUGCGUCGGGCCAGCUCGCAGGCUAUGUGCCCGGCACCGUGAUUGCGGACGGCUACGUCUGGGGCGGCGACCCAGCGCCGAUGUUGGCCCAUCUGCGGUCAGCCACGAGCGGGGAUGACGGGGACGAGGCGAGCGGCGCGGGAAAAGCGAGCGCCAGCGAGGCCCAAAAAAGAGCCCAAAAAGGAGCCCAAAAUGAGGACCUGAAAUAUGACAUCUUGCUGCUGGCGGAUCUUCUCUUCCGUCACGCCGAGCACAGCAAGCUGGCCUACAGCGUGGCCCAGACCCUGCGGAACGCCCCCGACAGCCGCGCCUACGUCUUCUUCACGAGCUACCGGCCGUGGCUGCGGCACAAGGACCUGGCGUUCUUUGAGCACGCGCGCGACGCGGGCCUCGUCGUCGAGCAUGUGCUGGAAAGGCGCCUGGAGAAGCCGCCGCUGUUCUUUGAAAACGACCCGGGCGACGUGAGCGUGCGGUCGACCGUGUCGGGGUACUUGCUGCGGUGGCCGCAGCCCGACAAAAGCGAGGAUCCGGCAGCGUUCUGGCCGCCAGGUGGUAUGCCCGUAGAACCGGCGCAGGAGCCGCCCGCAGCAGGCGAUGCGUAA